AUGGCUACCCAAGUCAACAAAGUCCCCAUCCCCCGCCGGGGAGUCGAUUAUCGGGGCAAGAUUGUCCUUGCGCCGAUGGUGCGCUCGGGCGAAUUGCCGUCGAGGCUGCUGGCUCUUCACUAUGGAGCGGAUCUCGUCUGGGGUCCGGAAACCAUUGAUCGUGCCAUGAUUGGAACGACUCGGCGAGUCAACCAAAAUACGAGGACUAUCGAAUGGACCCGAAUGUCCUCCCAGGGCCACAAGGAACCGCCGCCAGAUGCCAAAGAAAGCAUAAUUUACAGAGUGUUCCCGGAAAAGGAGGCAAACAAGCUCAUCUUUCAAAUCGGCACCGCCGACCCCGACCGCGCUGUCGAAGCCGCCCGCCUUGUCGCUGCAGACGUCGCAGGCAUCGAUGUCAACGCGGGUUGCCCCAAGCCCUUCAGCACCAGCGGCGGCAUGGGCGCAGCCCUCCUCAGGACACCAGACAAACUCGUUGCGAUCCUUGAGGCCUUGGUCAAAAAUAUCACCCCCGAGUUCGACAUCGGCAUCAGCGUCAAGAUUCGUAUCCUCGAGACACCCGCCGAGACGGAAGCCCUCGUCAGACGACUCGUCGCCACUGGCAUCACUGGUUUGACUGUCCACUGCCGAACCACCCCCAUGAGACCCAGAGAGCGCGCUAUUCGCGACCAACUACGCAUGGUCGCAAAUAUAUGUCACGAAGCAGGUGUCGCGUGCAUUAUGAACGGCGAUGUUGAAAACCGCGAUCAGGGAUUAAAGUUGGCAGAGAAGUAUGGUGCCGAUGGAGCCAUGAUCGCCGUUGCCGCUGAAAAGAACCCCAGCUGUUUUCGGAGCGAGGCAGACGGCGGCCUGUUGGGUUGGGAGCCCGUCGUGGAGCAGUACAUCAAGUACGCCAUGGAAAUCAGCAAUCGGUUCAGCAAUACCAAGUAUCUCCUGGCGCAAAUGAUUCCCGGAAAAGCAAAACCCUAUAAGACUGUGCAGCAGUCCAAGUCCUACACAGAAGUUUGCAAUGCUUUGGGACUCGAGCACCUUCUCGAGAAGGCGCAGGAUUGCGAUAUGCAGAGGGGGCUGGACAAGCCAAAGGAAAAGUUGUCAAAAAAGGCCAGGAAAAAUGCCAGUGCAUUGGCUGCGGGCGGGCAAAUGGUUGAGGCGAGGGCUCAGAGCCAGCAUCGCAAAACGCUGUCUGAACGAAAUGUCGGUCCCAAGACUGCGCCUGAGCCGGCACCCGUUGCAACUGCGGUUUAA